UACGUUAAUGAACAUUCUUUUAACAAUUUCAAGAUGAGAGUUGGUAUAAAUGUAGGCCCUGUAGUAGCUGGAGUGAUUGGUGCUAGAAAACCUCAUUAUGAUAUUUGGGGUAAUACAGUUAACGUAGCUAGUAGAAUGGAUGGUACUGGCAUCCCUAAUAAAAUACAGGUUUGA